ACAGCGCAGUGGAGUAGUAGAUAUUGCAGGAGCGUUUGUCCUGUUCAUGACUCAACAAGCAGCGUUGCAGAGAGGGAGAGAUAGAGAGAGAGAGAUGAGGGGCUUAGGAGUAACAGCAGCCAUGGUGGCGACACAGUUCGCCGACGUGGGCUUGAACACCAUAUUAAAAGCUGCCAUGAGUAGAGAAGGGAUGAGUAACUUUGUUUUUGUUGUUUACUCAAACGCCCUCGCCGUCCUCGUCCUUUUUGCAGCUUCCGUCAUCGUUUACAGAAAAAGAAGUCUUCCUCCAGUAACUUCUUUAGUAUUGUGUAAAAUCUUUCUUCUUGGCCUGCUAAGUUGCUGUGUGCAGACCUUCAUGUACGCUGGCAUAGGGUACAGCUCUCCAACUUUAUCCUCAGCAAUAGUCGAUUUGACCCCGGCUUUUACCUUCAUGCUUGCCAUCAUCUCCAGGAUGGAAAAGCUGGACUUGAGAGUCCAAAGCAGUCUGGCCAAGUGUAUUGGAACCAUAGUAUCUAUCUCAGGCGCAUUGAUUGUGACUUUAUACAGAGGUCUGCCUCUGGCAAGUGUUGCCGCAUCACCCAAUAGUCAACCCAAUGAGGUCCUUUUAUCAGCGCAAACAAAUUGGGUCCUUGGAGGCAUUCUCCUAACAUUUGGUAGCUUAUGUCUUUCAACAUUGUUUAUUGUCCAGACCCUGAUUAUAAGGGAGUGUCCUGCAGAGUUGAUUGUAACACUCAUUUGUUGCACUUUUGUGACCCUCCAAUCUACCGCGAUUGCUCUAAUUGCAGAGAUAGAUAAUCCAAACGCUUGGAGACUAGGGUCUAAUAUGGAGUUGAUAGCCGUAGGGUACUCGGCUGUUUUGGUGGUAGCUGCACGAAGUGUUGCUGUUACAUGGGCAUGUCGCAAGAAGGGCCCUGUCUUUGUUGCAUUGUUUAGCCCACUGGGGAUUGUCAUUGCAGUUGCCAUGGGGAUCCCUUUUCUUGGGGAGACUCUUUAUCUUGGAAGUGUAAUAGGAGCAGCUGUAAUAGCUCUUGGGUUUUAUGCUGUGAUAUGGGGGCAAGCCCAAGAAGAGAAGACGAUUGGAAACAGGGGAGUUUGUUGCUCUGACUCUGAGUCAUCUUCUUCUAAAGUUCCUCUUUUGCAAAACAAAGGCUUGGACAUCUAGGACUCUUUUGCACAAGAACAGUGACAGUAAGAAUGAUAAACCCUGAAUGUAUAGAUACAUUAGCGCACCCUGCUAGUUGAUAUUACUCUUCAGCAUGAGUUCAACCCUAAAACUGCUAGAGCCUAGAGGUAGCUUAAACUUCCUGCAUGUUUAUGUAUAUUAUAAAGAAGUUCUCAUUAUCCAAUACGUUACCACUAUCACAUGCAAUUGCUCUAUAUAUUUGGUGAGUUUUCCUC